AUGCGGCCUGUGCCAUUCCUAGCGCUCCCGUUUUUCCUUCGAGGUGCCGCGGCCUCGGCGGCCUUUGUGAGCCUCGCCACGAACGACUAUUACGCCAAGGGCGCGCUGGUGACGCUGCACUCCGUACAUCUUCAUGGAGGCGCCGACCGGGUGCUGCUUGUCCCGGGCGGUGGUGUGUCCAGCUGGUGGCGCCAGCGCUUCCGAGCGCUCAAGGUGAAGGUGGUGGAGGUGCGACCCCUGCGCCCCAGCAAGGCGCUGCAGCGCGCCAUGCGCCAGGAGCGCGCCAGGCUGCAGGCAAGGGCUGCUCGAAGUCUUGCAGCCCAUUUCCUAUGGAGGGGCCUUCGUGAAGGUGCACGCCUGGGACCCCGCGCUGGGCUAUGA